UGCAAAGCUUGUGGCUGCAGAAAUGGUACAACAACUCGAAAACAACCAGGAAGAAGAAGAGGAAGUGGACAACACAGAAAUGAUUAUCAUCAAUGACAAACGACAUGAAACAAUAGAGAAGGGGCAAAUUUACAAGGACAAAGAAACAUUGAUAAGUACACUAUGCUACUUUGCAAUCAAGAAGACAUUUCAAUACAAAGUAGUGAAAUCUUGCACAAAAGAAUACAACAUAGUGUGUUUGGACACAAACUGCAAAUGGAGUUUAAAGGCUACAAAAAAUGGAAACACAGAAACAUUCAUAAUAAGGAGCUACGAAGAAGAACACACAUGUGCAGUUACAAUAAGAUUUGGAGAUCAACGACAAGCUACAUCAAAGUUGAUAGCAGAUUUUGUAAAACCAAAAUUCUUGAACCUGAAAACAAAGUGCAGCCCGGCAGACAUAAAGACAGAAAUGAAAGACAAAUACGGAAUAAAGAUGAAUUACAUGAAAGCAUGGCGUAGUAAAGAGCGAGCACAAACCCAGCUACAUGGAAAUGCUAAAGAGUCGUACAAUCUCUUGCCAAGAUACCUGUACAUGCUACAGAAAACAAAUCCAGGAACAUUAAUAGACAUAGAGAAAGAGGAUGAUGACAGUUUCAAAUAUGCAUUUGUUGCAUUGAAUGCUGCUAUAAAAGGUUGGCCAAACUGCAAACCAAUCAUCGUGGUGGACGGUACAUUCCUAAAGGCCGCGUAUGGAGGCACGUUGCUCACUGCCAACACACAAGAUGCAGAAUCGAAAAUUUUUCCACUAGCAUACUGCAUAGUUGAUUCUGAGAACGAUAAAUCGUGGGAGUGGUUCUUAAAAAAAAUAAAAGAAGCAUUCGGGGUUCAAGAAUAUCAAUGCCUAAUAUCAGACAGACAUGAAAGCAUCAUCAAAGCAACUAGGAAAAUGUUCCCUGAAAUAACACAUGGCUACUGCAUCUUCCACCUCUUGUCGAACCUCAAAACAAAAUUCAAAAAAAAUGCAAAGCAUUUCAGAGUGUCAUUCUUUGCAGCUGCAAAAGCUUACACAGAAAUGGAGUUUGAAUUCCAUAUGAGGGAGCUAGACAACUUGGAUAAGCGCAUAAGACCGUACCUGGAAAAAAUUGGCCAUGAAAAAUGGUCAAGGUAUCAUUCAGAAAACAACAGGUACUCUACCAUGACAUCAAACAUAGCUGAGGCACUGAACUCAGCAAAUUUAGCAGCAAGGGAAACACCAGUCACAACAUUAAUGGAGUGCUUGAGGGCACAAAUGCAAGAGUGGACAUACAAUAAUAGAAAGGAGGCACAAAAAUGCACACCAAGGCUGACACCAUCAUCUGAGAAAAAACUCAUAGGGAACUAUGUACAGUCAUUGCGACUAACAGUAAGUUGAGAUUA